CAACCGGCUCUUUCCCUCUAUUUGUUCAAAGCUGUGCAACUCCUGCUCUCCAUCACUGAACCGCCUGUGAUUCUGACUUGGGAGGUCAGCAAGCGACGCUACAAUGGCAAGCGAACUUGAAAAGAAAGCCAAAGAAGCGUUCUUCGACGAUGACUUCUCUCUCGCUAUUCAAUACUACUCUCAAGCAAUCGACUUGGAUCCCUCCAACGCCGAUCUCCUUGCCGAUAGAGCUCAGGCCCUCAUUAAACUCAACAACUUCACUGAAGCGGCUUCGGAUGCAAACAAAGCAAUCGAAUUGGAUCCGUCGUUGAUAAAAGCGUAUCAACGUAAAGGGGCCGCAUGUUUAAAGCUUGGACAGUAUCAUAAUGCGAAGGUGGCGCUUGAGACUGGUGCUUCUUUGUCUCAAAACGAUUCAAGAUUCACCAAGUUGAUCGAAGAAUGUAAUCUCCAUAUUACGAAGGAAUCCAACGGUCUCACUAGCUCUUUAUCGUCAAAUGGGGCAGUAUUGAAUGUACCGCCUAGUACAACUGAAGAAAAUGAAAGAUUUAGUCGUGCACAUCAAGCACACACCGAUACCUCUGCGAAAACAAGAUACAGACAUGAAUACUACCAAAAGCCAGACGAAGUGGUUUUGACAAUUUUUGCAAAAGGAAUACCACCAAAAAAUGCGGUUGUUCAGUUUGGUGAACAAAUUCUGAGCGUUACUAUUGAUGUUCCUGGCCAAGAAGCCUACCACUAUCAAUCUCGAUUGUUUGGAAAGAUAAUACCUGAUAAGUGCAGAUUUGAGGUGCUGUCAACCAAAAUUGAAAUCCGUCUAGCAAAAGCUGAAGAUAUUAAUUGGGCAUCUUUUGAAUAUAGCAAGGGUGCACUUCCUCAGACGAAAAGUAUCUCAUCAACUGGAUCUCAUAGGCCUGCAUACCCGUCAUCAAAGCCAAAGAAAGACUGGGAUAAGCUGGAAGCUCAAGUGAAGAAAGAGGAGAAGGAAGAAAAGCUAGAUGGUGAUGCUGGUUUGAACAAGCUGUUCAGAGAUAUAUUCCAAAAUGCAGAUGAAGACAUGAGGAGAGCGAUGACCAAGUCUUUUGUGGAGUCGAAUGGAACAGUUCUUUCGACAGAUUGGAAAGAAGUGGGAUCAAAGAAGGUGGAAGGCAGUCCUCCAGAAGGCAUGGAGAUGAAGAAAUGGGAAUACUGAUGAGCCUCGAGUUUGCUGCAAUUGCAGAUUGAUUUUAAAAUAUUUUUCACUUUUUUUUGUAAAAAGUGUGGCUUCUAAAUUUGCAUCCUUUCAUUUCAGACAUCAUUUUACUUUUGUUUUAAAAGAUUUGUUGAGCUUGAAUUAACAUGAAACUUAACUCCCGAUCUGAUGAAUAAACUAUUUUUAAGCAUAGGAUUGAUUUGA